UCGCCGGUCAACGUAGUCGUCUGGAGAGAACGGACACUGCGUAGUGCCGGUAUAAUUCAGUGUCUCAGUAAAAUACUGAAAUCCUGAUUGUAAAGCGAUAAUAAUUUGCAAGAAUUGUUUUAUUAAGUGUGGACAGUACUAAGUGUUGUAACCAAACACAGUUUCUAAAAUUUUUUGAAGUUAUUUUAAGGUAUGGAGUGGGAAGGGCCGGCCAAGCAAGGCUUGUACGACCCUCAGAACGAGCACGAGGCCUGCGGAGUCGGUUUUGUUGUUGCUAUCGACGGGAAACGCAGUCAUAAAAUCGUCCGCGAUGCCGAAGUGCUGUCAAACCGCAUGGAGCACCGCGGCGCGUGCGCAUGCGACAACGACACCGGCGACGGCGCAGGCGUGUUGACCGCCAUCCCGCAUCAAUUCUACUGCGCUCAGCUCAGAGAUACUCACCAAAUCGACUUACCGCCUUUCGGCCGCUACGCCACUGGCAUUUUCUUCCUGGACAAGCUCCAUCACCAGGACAUUGAGAAGAAGUUCCAAGAGCUGGCAGAAAACCUUAAUCUUCGUGUGAUAUGCUGGAGGACUGUACCGACCAACAACGCUUCUAUUGGUCAAGUGGCUCGUAACUCGGAGCCAUUUAUGCGUCAAGUGUUUGUAACCGGAGAUUUCGAAGACGUCGAACUAUCCAGACAGGUGUUCGUGUUGAGGAAGCGCGCGUCCCACGAGCUGGUCGUGCCCGGGGCGAGGUUCUACAUUUGCAGCCUGUCGCUGAAGACCGUAGUUUACAAGGGACUGUUGACUUCUAAUCAGCUAUGGGAAUACUUCAAAGACCUGAGCAACCCAGCGUUCACCACGUAUCUAGCAUUGGUACAUACCCGGUUCUCCACCAACACCUUCCCCAGUUGGGAAAGAGCACAUCCUUUGAGAGUGCUUGCCCACAAUGGCGAAAUAAAUACGUUACGAGGUAACGUCAACCUGAUGAAGGCUCGCGAGGGAGUCAUGAAGAGCGAACUAUUUGGAGAUGAUUUGAAGAAACUGUAUCCCGUUGUGGAGCCUAACUUGUCUGACUCUGGUUCCGCCGACUGCGUACUGGAGUUCCUACUCCACUGCGGCCAGAGGUCGCUGCCCGAGGCCGUGAUGACGAUGGUGCCUGAGGCCUGGCAGAAUGACCCCACCAUGCCUAAAGAAAAGCGAGACUAUUACCAGUGGGCAUCAUCCGCUAUGGAGCCAUGGGACGGACCAGCUUUGGUGUCAUUUACUGAUGGACGAUACAUCGGUGCAAUUCUAGACAGAAACGGCCUACGCCCGUCUCGCUUCUACGUGACGAGCGAGAACGUACUCGUGAUGGCGUCCGAGGUCGGCGUUUACGAUGUCGACCCAGCGAAAGUCAUACAUAAGAGCCGAUUGAAGCCCGGCCGUAUGUUGCUAGUGGAUACUGAGGACAAGAAGAUAAUUCAAGACGUUGAGCUCAAAAUGCAUAUCGCACAAAGCCGACCCCACUCAGAUUGGCUGAAAGAGCAGAUAACAAUGGAAGAUAUACACAAGUCUGUAGCUGAUGAGAAGCCCAGUUUGAAUGGGGUACAAAAUGGCGCCAUUACCGGACUGUCGGAUAAAAGGCUCGCGUUGUUCGGAUAUACCAUAGAGUCGAUCAAUAUGCUGUUGUUGCCGAUGAUACAGAACAAAAAAGAAGCGUUGGGCAGUAUGGGCAACGACGCCCCGCUUGCCUGCCUGUCGCAGUUCCAGCCGCUGCCGUACGAGUACUUCAAGCAGCUGUUUGCUCAAGUCACCAACCCCCCCAUUGAUCCCUUCAGGGAGCGCAUAGUGAUGUCGAUGCUGUGCCCCAUCGGCCCCGCGCCCAACAUCCUGCAGCCGAGCGCACAGUUUGUGCACAGAUUGUUUCUCAAGCAACCAAUCCUGUCGCUGCCCGAUCUUGAUGCUUUGAAGAGGACCAACCAUAGAGGAUGGAAGACGCUCGUGCUGGACUGCACGUUCGAGCACGCGGCCGGCCCGGCGGGGCUGGAGGCGGCGCUGGCGCGCGUGGCGCGCGAGGCGCAGGCGGCGGCGGCGCGCGGCGUGCAGCUGCUCGUGGUGUCGGACCGCGCCGCCGGGCCCGCGCGCGUGCCCGUCAGCUCGCUGCUGGCGCUCGGUGCCGUACAUCACCAUUUGAUCGAGACCCGUCAGAGAAUGAAAGUGGGCAUCAUUGUGGAAACUGCUGAGGCGAGGGAGGUCCACCAUAUGUGCGUCCUUCUCGGGUACGGCGCCGACGCAAUCUGCCCCUACCUAGCCUUCGAGCUAGCGUUUGCCCUUCGCAACGACAAUUUAGUCGAUCCUACCCUCACUGAUGAGGACAUCUAUCUAGCCUACCAGAAGGCCAUCGAAACCGGUCUAGCCAAGGUUAUGGCCAAAAUGGGCAUUAGCACAUUACAGUCUUACAAGAGCGCCCAGAUAUUCGAAGCUGUGGGGCUGAAUGAAGAAGUUAUUGACAAGUGCUUUAGAGGGACUCAAUCCAGGAUUGGUGGUGUCAAUUUUGAAAUCCUCUCAAAGGAAACAUUCGACAGACAUUCAUUGACUUACGGCAAUGCUUCUGACGCUCUUGUAUUGAGAAACCCGGGACAAUACCACUGGCGCGCGGGUGGCGAGAAACACAUCAACGAUCCGAUGUCCAUCGCUAAUCUACAGGAAGCGGCCGUCAACAAGAGUAACUCGGCGUAUGACAAGUUCAGGGAGAGUUCCUUAGAAUCGAUCCGCGCUUGCACUCUUCGCGGACAACUGGAGUUAGUGAAGCUGGACGAACCCAUUCCUCUAAGCGAGGUCGAACCAGCCUCCGAGAUCGUCAAGCGGUUCGCUACAGGUGCCAUGUCAUUCGGAUCUAUAUCCUUGGAAGCGCAUACGUCGCUAGCCAUCGCCAUGAACCGUAUCGGGGGCAAGUCCAACACUGGCGAAGGAGGAGAGAAUGCGGACAGAUACCUCAAUCAGGACCCGGAAUUUAACAAACGUUCAGCCAUCAAGCAAGUGGCUUCUGGUCGUUUCGGUGUCACCGCUUCUUAUUUGGCGCAUGCGGACGAUCUGCAGAUCAAGAUGGCGCAGGGGGCCAAACCGGGAGAGGGGGGAGAAUUGCCUGGUUACAAAGUGACAGAAGACAUCGCCAAAACCCGUUGCUCCGUUCCCGGAGUGGGUCUCAUCUCUCCUCCGCCUCAUCACGAUAUCUACUCUAUUGAAGAUUUGGCGGAACUUAUCUACGAUCUGAAGUGCGCCAACCCUAAUGCAAGGAUCUCGGUCAAACUCGUGUCUGAAGUGGGCGUUGGGGUCGUGGCUUCCGGAGUUGCUAAGGGCAAAGCGGAACACAUCGUGAUCUCGGGCCACGACGGCGGCACCGGCGCCAGCAGCUGGACCGGCAUCAAGAGCGCGGGGCUGCCGUGGGAGCUGGGCGUGGCCGAGACGCACCAGGUGCUCGUGCUCAACGACCUGCGCUCCAGGGUGGUCGUGCAAGCCGACGGUCAAAUUAGGACUGGUUUCGACGUGAUGGUGGCCGCUUUACUCGGCGCUGACGAAUUUGGGUUUAGCACAGCGCCCUUGAUCGCUCUGGGUUGUACAAUGAUGCGUAAAUGUCACCUCAACACGUGCCCGGUGGGCAUCGCCACACAGGACCCGGUGCUGCGCAAGAAGUUCGCGGGCAAGCCCGAACAUGUCAUCAACUACUUGUUCAUGCUGGCUGAGGAGAUCCGCCAGCACAUGGCCGACGUGGGCGUCCGCCGUUUCCAAGACCUGAUCGGGAGAACCGACCUGCUGAAGGUCCGAGAAAACAACGAGAACCAAAAAGCCAGGAUGCUGAACCUUAGCCUUAUUCUCAAGAAUGCACUGCACAUGAGACCUGGCGUCAAUAUCGUUGGUGGUUCCAAAUCGCAGGACUUCCAACUCGAGAAACGCCUGGACAAUCAGCUCAUAGAGAAAUGCGCCGCCAUCUUGGAAGGCUCUGAGAAACACGUGGAUAUCAGCAUGCGAAUCACCAACGAAGAUCGUGCGUUCACCUCCACACUCUCCUACCACAUUGCUAUGAAAUACGGCGACGAUGGUCUACCAGACGACAGUUCCAUCGCCAUCAGCCUGACGGGGUCGGCAGGCCAGAGUUUCUGCGCAUUCUUAUCCAAAGGUGUGACAGUCACGCUAGAGGGAGACGCUAAUGACUAUGUCGGCAAGUGUCUAUCAGGCGGCACUGUCAUCAUCUACCCUCCAAAAACGUCGCCGUUCGAGUCCCAUCUCAACGUGAUCGUCGGCAAUGUCUGUUUGUACGGCGCUACUUCCGGAAGGGCUUACUUUAGGGGAAUAGCAUCGGAAAGAUUCUGCGUCCGCAACUCCGGUUGCGUGGCCGUCGCCGAGGGCGUGGGCGACCACGGCUGCGAGUACAUGACGGCGGGCACCGUGCUCAUACUGGGGCUCACCGGCAGGAACUUCGCGGCCGGCAUGAGCGGCGGUAUAGCGUACGUGUACGACGUGGACGGGUCGUUCAAACAAGGCAAAUGCAACACGGAGAUGGUGGAGUUGCUGCCGCUCGAGCUGCAACACGAUCUGGACGAGGUGAAGAAGCUUCUAGAAGAAUUCGUGCAGUUGACUGGAUCUAUAAUAGCUGAAGACCUCCUCAAGACAUGGCCGGCCCCGGCCAAAAUGUUCGUCAAAGUUUUCCCUUACGAAUACCAGAGGGCUUUGAAACAGAUGGCGCUGAAGCAGAAGACUCCUGCGCAACACAAAGUUGAAGCUAACGGCAAUGCGGAGAAUGGCGUCUUGGAUAUUGAGGAAACAGUUCGAGAUUCGGAACUGGAGAAAAAAUUGGAUAAAUCUAGGGGAUUCAUCAAAUACCCCCGAGAAACUUCCAUGUAUCGGCCGGCUGAGAAGAGACUGCGAGACUGGGACGAGAUAUACAACAGUCAGCAUGUGCGACGAACACUAAGAGUGCAGGCGGCCCGCUGCAUGGAGUGCGGCGUGCCGUUCUGCCAGAGCGGGCACGGCUGCCCGCUCGGGAACAUCAUCCCCAAGUGGAACGACCUGGUGUACCGCGGCGACUGGCGGCAGGCGCUGGAGCAGCUGCUGCAGACCAACAACUUCCCCGAGUUCACGGGUCGCGUUUGCCCGGCGCCGUGCGAGGGCGCGUGCGUGUUGGGAAUCUCCGAACCGGCCGUCACCAUCAAGAACAUCGAGUGCGCCAUCAUCGACCACGCCUUCGACAGCGGCUGGAUACAGCCGGAGAUACCUGAACACCGCAACGGCAUGACUGUAGCUGUAGUCGGUUCAGGGCCCGCCGGCUUGGCCUGUGCCCAUCAACUCAAUAAGGCCGGCUACACAGUAACAGUAUUCGAACGUAACGACCGUCCAGGCGGUCUACUGCAGUAUGGAAUUCCCACUAUGAAGUUGAGCAAGGAAGUGGUGGCCAGGCGGGUUAAACUGAUGACCGCCGAAGGAAUCAGCUUCAAGUGCAGUGUGGACGUUGGCAAGGAUAUAUCGUGCUUGGAACUGGCUAGCGAGUAUAACGCGAUAGUCCUCUGCAUGGGGGCAACGUGGCCCCGAGACCUCCCGCUGAAAGGCCGGCAACUCAACGGCAUCCACUUCGCGAUGGAGUUCCUCGAGUCCUGGCAGAAGAAGCAGAUGGGCUCCGCUCACCCCAUGAAGGAGAACCCUGAGCUCAGCGCCAAGGACAAGAACGUGCUCAUCAUUGGUGGAGGUGACACUGGCUGUGACUGCAUCGCCACAUCGCUAAGGCAGGGCGCGAAGUCGAUCACGACCUUCGAGAUCCUGCCCGAACCCAAGAAGACCAGGGGCCAGGACAAUCCCUGGCCGCAGUGGCCAAGGGUCUUCAGGGUUGAUUAUGGUCACGAGGAGGUCAAAGUGAAGUUUGGAAAUGAUCCGAGGAAAUUCUCAACACUGACUAAGGAAUUCUUGGAUGACGGUGAAGGGAACGUGUGCGGAGUGUCGGCCGUGGAGGUGGAGUGGGCGCGCGGCGCGGGCGGCCGCUGGGAGAUGCGCGAGCUGGCGGGCAGCGAGCGCGUGUUCCGCGCAGAGCUGGUGCUGCUGGCCAUGGGCUUCCUGGGGCCAGAGAGAUACGUCGCCAACCAACUGGACUUGCCGCUGGACGCGCGCAGCAACAUCGAGACGUCUAAAUCUGAUAUUUACAAAACGCCCUUCAACAAUGUCUUCGCUGCUGGAGACUGCAGACGCGGCCAAUCACUAGUCGUCUGGGCCAUUUCCGAAGGGCGGCAGGCGGCCCGCGCCGUUGACAUUUUCCUGUCUGGGAAAUCCUUACUUCCCGGCCCAGGAGGAGUCAUCUACGCAAAUUGAACGAACCUCCUAUUGGGACAUAGUCUACUGUUUUAAUUUAAAUAGGUUCUAUAUUCGAAAAAUCACCAUAGUCUGUAAAAUACAGCAUAGCUUGAUCUCUGUGAAAGAUGUUGAGUGCGUGCAUUUUUUUUUUCGCACCUACGACAAAGUUAUCGUUUCGUCCUGCUGUCACAGAGAUCAAGCUAUAUUUCACAGAUUAUAAUAAACAUUCUUUCGUAUAAAUUGUUUUCUUAGUGGACAGUUUAAAAAAUAACUUGUUUAUAGUCAUUUUGCACAACUAAUAUUACAGGAUCAUAUUUCUUUUUUCUGGAAAUCUUAUGGUAAUAAUUACUAAAGGUCUACGAAUUCAUUUGUACAUUGAACCUUUCGGAAUCGAUACGAGAAGUCCUUUGUUGCAUAUUUUACCUGAAAUUAUCAAUUAAAACCCAAACAAUAAUUAUCAUUAGGCUUGUUUAGAAGUACGUAAAGUUUUUUCAGAUUACGGUAACCAUUUUCCUAUAGGCGGGCCAUAAGUCUGCAUACUUAGUCGUAAAUGAGAAAAAAAAUUGUAGUUUAUUAUUCAAUUUAAACACAAGCAGAAUAUUCAAUCAAAUUUACGUCUCUUUGAUAGGUGUAGUCGCAAUUUUGCACAAGCCAAACGGUAGUUAGUGUCUUUUGACCGCCAGAUGGCGACAGUGUCAAACUUAAUUAUAUUUCUAGAACAAUUUACACUUUAAAAAUGAAAAGAUAUUAUAAAACCUUUCGCACAUUUAUUAAAAGAAAACAACGAAGCAAUAUUUUAGCAGAAUUAUAAACAAUAUAAAAUAAAUUAUAAUAUCAUACUGUUUCAUCUGGCGGCCAUAAAAUUUUCGCCAAAAUGUAGCCAAGUUUUCAAGUUUCUAUGAAUUAUUCACUGUUUACAUUGUUUUAUAAAUACGUACAAAGUCCGUAUACCUUUCACGUAAAUAAUUUUAAUCGAUUUUAGAUGGUGAUAUAGAUUGCAAAUAAAUAAUGUAAACCUCUUUAUGUAGUAUAGGAGUUUAAAAUCCAAUUUCAUACGUAAACAAUAACGUAAAAAUUAGUUACAAAAAUGUUUUUCCAAGUUUUCGAGUAUUGUUUUUUUAAAGCCUUGAUUUACUUAAGAUCUGUUUGAUAAUAAUAUAUUUUGUGAAAACAUUCCGUUUUAUAAACAUUUUCCGAGCGUCAGAUUCUUUUUAUUCAAAUCUUGUAAGUCAAGUGCUAAGAUUUUGUUAUAAAAUAAAUGUCUUAAUAAAUAUAAAAUAAAUAUAAUAACCGUUUGAUACAUUUUUGUCAAUUGUAAUAAUAAUUACAUUCUUAUUCAUUAUUAGUAGCUUUUGUUGGUUUUAUCUAUGCGCUUGCGCGGUCAUAGCCCUUUAUGUAUGUUGUCAAAUAAUGUUUCAUGUCAAAUGGUAUUACUGUUUAACACAGUCUUUUAAAAUGAUUCGUACUAUGAAGAGAACGCUUUUCAAACUGAACAUAUCACGACCGAAUGAUCUUGGUUGUAUAAGUGAUCUCUGAAUGUGUCAUAUUAACGUGUCGAUAAAUUGUUGAAUAUUAAUGUUUCAUUGUUAUUACUAUGGUUGAUGUAGUUAUUUGUGAAAUAGUAUUUGAUGUAAUCGUACAGUACUUGUUAAAUAUUAUAACCUCAAGUAUGUUGUGUACGAAAUUCAUGCUAAUUAUGUUUUUAACGUGUAUGUCUUUUUAAUAAGUUUUUAUGGUUUAUAAUAUAUAACUUUAAUUUAAAAAAGUUUGGUUCUCAUUAAUGACGUAUUUCAUCGAUUUUUUUAAUUUAAGUAUUUUGACCUCCACGCAAAAGAUAAAGAGGUGUGAGGAUUGCGCACAUCCAUAAUGCUAUCUUAGUGGAAAUUUUAUUAUAGUUUUUCAUUUUCCGAAACACCUGUUUAACGUAAAACCUGUGAUUUAUUUCGAUUAAUGAGAUUAAUAUUCGAUUACAAAGGUUAUUACCAAUUAUAAGCGUUCCUAUGUAUUAUUUAUUUUGUUUUAAUUAUUUUGUGUAUUUAUUCGUUAUUUGGACUUUAAGUUGAAAAGUUCAUUCUUCAAAUUAAAUUUUACUUCAUUGAAAAGACUUCAAACACACAUUUGAAAAAGUCUAAAUAAAUGAUUUAUUGUUUUAUGUUUUGAUAAUUUGUUGGAAUCUUUAAAUAUAAGUGUUAAGUGUAAAAUUAUCUAUGCGGUAUCAAAAUAUAAAGAAAUACACAUAUAGAUGUGAUAUAUGUUACUAUCCCGAAUAAACAUUUCAUUAUUUCUUUCAAUAUGCAGUGAUUAUUUCGAUUUAUUAUACAUUCUAAAAAAUUUUAGCCACCUGCAAUUCACUUUUGGUCGAAAAUAAAUUCGUUAUUGGACUAAAUGUUAGUAGAGUCAUUACUACUGUAAAAUGCUUAAAUUACUGAAAGUUGAUAUAGCAAAGCUACUUCAAAUGUGAAACUGGGAAAUAAGAUAACGAUAACUCUAAAUUUGUUUUUAAUUCAUGUAAGAAUUAUUUAAGACAGUACAACUAUCCCAUUCUAUGUGUCAUUGACACCUAUAGAGAUAAUUACAUGUGUAUGUAGCUUAUGUUAAUUCAAUGCUGGGUUAACAUUUAUCUUGACGUCAAUUUCUACAUUAGCUUCUUCUAGGUCUUGCGAUAUAUAACAUAUGUUAUGUUAUAUAUCGCAAGACCUAUAAAGUAAAAAAAGAUCAGUUACAACAUUUGUAAAAGUUAAAGCUUAUUUAGAAGUUGGUACUCAGUAUACCUACAUUCUUUUGAAGUCGCUGUAUUUUGAAAUUACCAAGGUAUGCCACAGUAGAAUGCUGAUUUAGAAUAGUUGUGUACUGUAAUUAUUGAACUGUGGCCAUUUCAAUAUAAAAGUAUCAUUGACAAUAAUUAAAUGUUUAUUCCUAGCUGAAUCCUGUAUCGAAUAUUAUUGAUGAAAUAAAUAUUUCAGCACGUAUAA